GCGAGAGAGUCGCGCGCGCGGCGAGACUGCGACUAUACACAUACACAGCUCAACGCGAAUACGCUAUACACCAACAUCAGCCCGACCCGCUCCGCUUACACUCGACUCGACCGUCCGUGUAGUGCUGGACUCCUCUGCUGCUGUAGUGCUGCUGUUGUUGCUGCUGCUCUAGUGCGUCGGGGGCACGCGGUUUUAAUAAAAAUCGUCAGCUUCGACUAUCCAAUUUACGCGCGAUCUCCAAUAAAACUCUUACACCUAUACACUUGAACCAAGGUGCCUGUGUCUGUGUGUGUGCUGUGCUCGCGCGUGCAUGUAUAUUUUUGCGUAUGCAUAUAUAAGUAUACAACAUAUAUUUAUAUAUUAUACUAACGCGUAAAAGUGAGAGUAAAUACAGCAUACAGCGUGUAUAUACACUAUAUAUGCUGUGUAUAGCGCGUGUGUAUAUACUCUCUCGCCGGCGCUAAAAGGAGUAAAGGACUCCUAGUUUUGGCCAGUAUCUCACGCCCCCUCAAUUUUUCGCAUUUUUCGUCUCGGCUUGGCCCGGGCCAAGGGCGCGUGCGAGUGGAAGGACGACCCAAGAUUUGCAGCCACCUUUUCUUUGGAGCGUAUCACAAGAGGGAAAAAACACCUGCUGCCUGGUCGGUCUUUCUUGUGGGAGAGGACGGUGUAGCAGCACACACAGUGUACAUACUCACACGCAGAAAGUGAGGGAGAGAGAGAGAGAGCCAGUGGUUAGGUUGUGGAGGAGAGCUACUGCUGCUGCUGCUGCUGCUGCUGUUACUAUAACUCCUUUCAAGUGGAUUAACGAAAUUGUGUUUUGGAGUUGGACCUGCGUUAGGGCAGACUUGAAAGCUUUCCCAAACUUCAGGAAGGUGCAGAUGCAAGCUAUUCCUUGCUGCUGACUAAGGCUGACAACAUGGACUGUGGCGAGGCCUCAAGUAAUGGGGACAUCCAGUGGAGUUUUUCCCAAGUAAAGGGGACCUUAGAAGAAGAUGUCACAGAAGCUGACAUCAUCUCAUGUGUGGAAUUCAACCACGAUGGUGAUCUCCUGGCAACGGGUGAUAAAGGUGGUCGUGUAGUUAUAUUUCAAAGGGAUCCUGUCAGUAAAACUAUUAUUCCACGACGAGGCGAGUACAAUGUGUACAGUACCUUCCAGAGCCAUGAACCUGAAUUUGAUUACCUAAAGUCCUUAGAAAUAGAAGAAAAAAUUAAUAAAAUAAGGUGGCUUAAAAGAAAAAAUCCGGCUCAUUUCUUACUCUCGACAAAUGACAAAACAAUCAAGCUUUGGAAAGUCAGUGAGAGAGACAAGAGAGUGGAAGGUUAUAAUACAAAGGAAGAAAAUGGCGCUAUUCGCGAUCCUGCGUGUAUCACUGCCUUAAGGGUACCCACUAUUAAGCCAAUGGAACUGAUGGUCGAGGCGUCGCCAAGGAGAAUAUUCGCAAAUGCGCAUACCUACCACAUAAACAGUAUAAGUGUCAACAGUGACCAAGAAACGUAUCUCAGUGCAGAUGACCUUAGGAUCAAUUUGUGGCACUUGGAAAUCACAGAUCAAAGUUUUAACAUCGUCGAUAUCAAACCCACAAACAUGGAGGAGCUGACAGAGGUCAUAACAGCUGCGGAGUUCCAUCCCGUUGAAUGUAACUUGUUAGUGUACAGUAGCAGCAAAGGGACAAUUCGAUUGUGUGACAUGAGAUCGGCAGCGCUCUGCGACAGACACAGCAAGCUGUUUGAAGAGCCAGAAGAUCCAACAAAUCGGAGUUUCUUCUCCGAAAUCAUAUCUAGUAUAAGCGAUGUGAAACUCAGUAACUCUGGUAGAUACAUGAUCAGUCGUGACUACUUGAGUGUCAAAGUCUGGGAUCUCCAUAUGGAGACAAAGCCCAUCGAGAGUUAUCCCGUACACGAGUAUUUGAGAUCGAAGCUGUGUUCGUUGUAUGAAAACGAUUGUAUCUUCGACAAAUUCGAAUGCUGUUGGAGCGGCAACGACUCUGCCAUAAUGACGGGCUCGUAUAACAACUUCUUCCGUGUGUUUGAUCGCUCGACUAAACGAGACGUGACAUUAGAGGCGUCGCGCGACGUUGCCAAGCCCAAGACACUCCUAAAGCCACGCAAGGUCUGUACCGGUGGUAAACGUAAGAAGGAUGAGAUUAGCGUCGACUGUUUGGACUUUAACAAGAAGAUUCUGCACACAGCGUGGCAUCCAACCGAGAAUAUUGUCGCGGUCGCGGCCACAAAUAAUCUCUUUCUGUUUCAAGAUAAGCUCUAGCAUAUUUAUAUGCAGAUAAUACAACGUUACAUACUGACAUAGGCUUGGCGUCCGAGCGGAUAUAGUGAAAAAAAUGGGAAAAAAAUAAAAUAAAAUAAAAUAAAAUAAAAAUAAAAAAAAACAGAUUAAGAUUAUUGAAAGAAACGAAGAUAACUGGCAAAAAGCGAGUAUCUCGGAUUGACGUGGACAUUAAUUAUAUCAUGGACGAGUGUCAGCAAUCUGGUACACUCAAACCGUUGACUGACCGAGAAAAGGAAAUCAACUCAAAGCAGAAAGUAACAAACAAAUUCUUGUCCCUGGAUAGUAGCAAACAAAAACAAAAAAAAACGCCAUCGUCAAAACGGAGGAUCAAAUUCUCACGUAUGUGAGUGAGCAUCGCUUAAAGAUUUUUUAAUAAAUAUGAAAAAAAAAACUUUU